UUCCCUCCGCCCCUUCCUCCCUCCCCCCUCAUUUUUAUUGCUUGGUUGUUCCAGCUGAAAUAAACACUGGAGAAUAACCUACUUUUCAUUGCUGGCGGCACUGUGGGGAAUACACGGUGAGGAUACAGCUCAAUGGCUCAGGGCAGGGGGUUAUGGUAACACGGGAAGGGAGCGGGCUCUCACUCUCGGGACGGCCCAGUGACGCGCUGGGGGCAGCCUAUCAGAUUCAGUGGGCGGCGCCGCUUUGACCAGGCGAUGUCGGAGCCGGGACUGUGGCAGAGACUGAGGCUGAGGCUGAGGCGAUGGCGCGCUCGAGGUCGAGCUCGAGCUCGAGCUCGAAGUCAGAGCCACAGCUGCAGCCUGAGCGGGAUCCGAACACGGGACCUGACUCACUUGCCCGUCAGGACCAACGUGCGGGGUCCGGGCGAACUGGAGCCGUUAUCUGGCUCGAAAGCAGCCAAGUCCCCGCUGCCGAGGAACCUGGGUUUCGACUGCGAUGUCUGUAGCUGCCGCGAGGUGAAACCACUUCCGGGAAUAAGUUGGUUGACUUUCAGCGAUAAUGAAGAACGUGGAGCUGUUGCCUCUCUGUUUAUGGAUAGUUCCUUUCUUGAACAGUGGACACAGCCACAUAAUGCAGUGAAACAGAAUCUGUCUGCCUGCUUUAACUCAGUCGACAUUGAAGCCCUUGUCCUGGAGCUGCAGCCAGGGAUAUUAUUAUUUCCCACAAUCUGUACCGAAGCCCAAUGUCAGCAGAACAAGAGCUGGUUGCAUGAGCUGGAUGAUUACUGCAAAAAUCUGGUCUGUUCGGCAGAGAGAAACAUGGAAGCCUUGGUCAAUGUGGCGAAAGCAGUGAUUAGAACCAGCUAUUAUUGGGACAUCUCUAAUCUGAGGAGUUCCCCUAGGUUGUCUUCAACUCGCUCAAAUGUUUGGAAUCUUUACACCUCAUUACUGAAGCUGGCGCCAGAGCAAGGGAAAGUGUUACAAGAAUCGGUGGCGGCUGCUGAAGAACUGGAUGUGACUAAAGUGGAUUUGGAGGUUCUGGCUAGAUUACUCAGUAUUUAUCCACCCUGGGAACCUCACGCUGUGCAGCACUUAACAACACCAUCUGAGUUCUUUUACACAAACGUUAUCGGGAUUGCACAAAGCACAAGCAUUUGCUAUCAAAGAGAGUUUCUGCAUGCUGUUCUUUUAUCGACGAAAACUAAAAAGGAUCAGAUGGAAACCUUUUACACUUUCAGAGGAGAUGAGAUCUUAUUACCGACGUCCAUUGAUUCCAUGUGGGUGAAGACGGUAAAGUCAAUGAGGUUCCUGUUACUGAAGCAUGUAUUUGAGCAGGAAAAGCAAUUGCAUAGAGUGAUGUGGUUUAGUCCAACUGAGAUAAAACAAUUUCUGAAAGAACUAGCAGCCUAUGGAUAUCCACAUAUCACACGAGAGCUGGAAAAGUGCAUGAACAGCAGGAAUAUCAUUCGAUUCAAGGAUGGGAAGCCACUUAAGAAGAAAAUGUGUAAAGAACUAGUUGGAGGACCUUAUGUUAAUAUUGCUGACACCUCCGCUGAAAGCUGUCCACCCAAAAUACAAUUACACACCAAGCACUGGUUACCUUCCAGUGAUUGUGAAUAUCAAAACGAUUUAUUCUUUACAUUCAACUUUGGAAAUCUGUCCUCUUCUGACCCCUGGCUGUUCCGAAUGGCAGGGGCAUUGGCCUCGGAAUGGAAGGCAGUAGCCAGAGAUUUUGGUUUCAGUGGUGCAGACAUUAAGAAAAUAGCCUUGGAUCCUUGGUACAACCACCAGCAUCGAAUGUUCCACUUCCUGAAGAGUCUAAUGGGAGAGCAAAGUGUGAAAUUCACAGAGCUGUGCUUCCUGCUGUUGUGUAAAGGCAAAGAAUAUAAAUGUUACAGGUACCUCCAGGAUAUUAUCGGUACAGCCCUACCUGAUGUCAAUUGUUCACCUGUUUUAAGUUCCCAGUAUAUUGAACAAUUACACGUGGGUAAAACAGAAUCACUUGCAGCUUUUUAUAAAAAAGGACAACCCUGUCCCAUAAUAAAAGAAACUAGUGGGAAGGAGUUUGAGAAUUUUCUUCAUGUGUUCUCGCUGCUUGGACCAGUGUAUGAUGUGCACACACCUGUCAAGGGAACAGAAGUGCUCUUGUACCUCCCUAGCGAUGCAUCUGCUGAGGAAUCUUUAAGUGCAUCAUUCCUGGGUGAGAUUCUCCAUGCUCUCUCUGCAGUGAUGUCCCUGAACUCCUUUGCUGCACAACUGUGUAACUUCCUUUCAGAACCAAAAAAAAAGAUGUUGUACAAGUUUCUGACAAGGGAGGAAUACGAUUCUUUUGAAGAUCUGAUGUUUACUGACACUACACAUGAAGCCAUGAUAUUCAGAUGGGUCAAAAGAAGCAGCAGCAUUGUCAGAACCUGGCCACGGAUGUACCGGCACUUGCUAGAGCUCUCCCCAGUUAGAGUCGGACAUAUUAAGGAUGAAAAUCUGGAACUUCUUGUGCCACUUGCUGCAACUGAAACUCAUGCUGUAGUGUUAGUGAAUUCCUGCUCACCCUUUGUGACUCUGGAGAAGCUGCUUCGAAAUGUGACAUCUCAUAAAGCCUAUUUUCUACUCUACAAGCCAGUAGGCCGUUCCUAUGUUGAUUUCAGACUAACACUCAAGGUGAUAUUGGUUCCCAGGCGUCGAUCAUUGCUACAGGAAUUGGACAAAAUACUGAAGGACCACAAACGAAUGCUUAAAAAGCAGGUUGGUGUUCAUCGAACUUCCUGGUACAAAUUACAGAUCAACGAAGUGAAGGCUGUUGGAACCUCACUUUCCAUCUCUCCAGAGGAAGCUGAACAAUUCCAAUUUGUAGACAAUGCUGAAGAAAUACUGACAUGCUAUGAGAUAAAAUUCAACAUGGGGAAGUGGGAAACAUGGCCUCUUGUGCUGGAGUUGGUGGAAGAUGAGAAAAACAUUAAGAUACAGGAGAGACUUUGGAAGGGAAUGUUAAAUGCUGAAAAUGGAGAUUACUUGUACAUAAGAGUGAAUGCAAUGAAACGCUGUGUCACAAGAAUUCACAAUGAGUUCACCUACAGAGAGCUUCGUGAAGCUGUGGAAAAGAUGUUUCCUAAUGGAAACUUUAUCCUCACACACAAACAACAUGAUUCACCACUUUUAAUUGAUGGAGACUUGAGUUUACAAAGCAUCCUCCAGGAAGAAGGAAGUAUCACUCUAGAAGCUAACUAUACUGGAGGCUUGACUUCACAAAACAUUCUUCUGAAAGAAGGAAGUUUCACUCAGGAAGCUAAUGUAUCUCUACCACUUUGGUCGCAACAUUUCAUUGAGAAACAUGAAGCAGAGCUGAUUGAGAGACUGACAGAAAUUGACUCAAUCUUAAACGGCUUGAAAACAAAAUGUGCCAUCAAUCAGUACGAUGUGUCCAAAGUGCGGGCACCCAGCACAAUUGAGGAUCAAGUAAGGGAGUUAAUGACUUGUGUGAUCAAGAAAGGGAAUAACACAAUGGAUUAUUGUCAUGACCUUCUUCGGAAGUACCACAGGCAUUUAGUGUCAGAGCUGGAGAAAAGAGAAGCAGCAGAAUAAAGCUGUGCAGCUAAGAACAUACCAAGACCACGGUUAACAUCUCUAAUGCUCCUGUUCUAAAGAUGCUGCCUGUUGCUGGGGGACAGGUCCCUGGAGACAAGAAUCUCUGGCAUCUUUCUCAAGUCAUUUUUAGUGUUUGGUAAAGGUACCCAAACUUGCUUAUUGUUUAUUAACUUAGUAACUAAAUGCAAAGCAGCUUCUCAUAUCUCUGUUUACUUGGGCUCACAAACUAAGAAAAUGACUUGCAUUUAUAUUCUUUGGGUAACUCGAUACCCGAACUACAUCUGUGUUGAUUAGAAAGAAAGACUUGCAUGUGUAUAGCAUGUUACAGCCAAUGAAGUAUUUUUGGAAUGUA